AUGAGUGGAGAUAAUGUUCAUCGAUCCAUGAUGGAAGGUGUUCAUUUUGCUGAUGGGAUACAAAACAUAGUGGCGUCCGAGGGGGACAAGCGGAUGAGUAGGAGUGUGAAUAUGGAUACAUGGAAAUCGUUUUUUGCAAGGUUUGGGAUGGUGGAGAUUGAGUUAAGUGAUUCGUGUCUUUAUCAGGCACAACUUGUGUUGCUACGGUUUUCAUGUGCAAAUUAUUGCAUGCUUGAGAAUAAUGGCAAGUGUUUAAUUAUUGGGUGGAAAGGAACUCCAUUGCAUUCUCUUUCGACAUGGAAGUUCAUUUAA